ACACAUCUGCAUCUGUAUACCCCCACCUUGUACGAUAUAAAAUACCUUUCAGGAACUUCCAACUUUUGUUUCCACACUCUUUCUUUUUUCUUUCACCAAGAAAAAGUUCAAAAAGAAACGUUGCCUUUGUUCGUUUUUUACUAUAAUCUUUUUUCUUUUUUUUAAAAAAAAACGGAUUCAAAA